GGUCCGGGGUCGCUUCGAAGCUAAAGAAGAGAAGAGACCAUCGUCAUCCCCCCAUUUCUCUGCCUCUCUCUCUCCUCCUCUCAUGAAAAGUCUUUCCUCGGACAGCGUCCUCGCAUUGCCGUUCCCCGGCCUGGAACCCUAGGACAGCCGGCGGAAGCGGCCGGGAUGGUGGGGCGCUUUAGGUGGGCGGCUAUGUUCCCCGACGAGGUGUGGGAGCACGUAUUCUCGUUCCUGACGUCGGACGCUGACCGCAACGCUGCAGCGCUCGUCUGCCGCAACUGGAACCGGAUCGAGAGGAGGUCGCGGAAGCGGGUCUUCGUCGGGAACUGUUACUCGGUGGCACCGACGGUGGCAGUGCGGCUGUUCCCGGAGGUGAGAGCGGCCGUGAUCAAGGGGAAGCCCCACUUCGCUGACUUCAACCUAGUGCCCAGCGACUGGGGAGGCGGAGCAGAAGCGUGGGUGGAGGCAAUGGCUGAGGGGUGGCCGAACCUAGAGGAGCUCCGGUUCAAGAGGAUGGUGGUCUCUGAUGACUGCUUGGAUCUCAUUGCCAGGUCUUUCAAGAACUUCAAGGUGCUGUCUCUCGUUUCCUGCGACGGGUUCAGCACGUCUGGACUUGCUGCGAUCGCCGCCAACUGUAGGAAUCUUAGGGAGUUAAACCUACGUGAAAGUGAAGUGGAAGAAACUUGUCUGAACUGGAUCAGCCAUUUUCCGGAGUCAUGUACUUCUUUAGUAGCCUUGGAUAUUGCCUGCUUAGAAGGCGAGGUGAAUGCCUCUAUUCUUGAACGCCUCAUUAGUAGAUGUUCAAAUAUCAUGACCCUCAGACUCAACCAUUCUGUGCCUCUAGAAAGGCUUGUUGGACUCUUACAGAGAGCUCCUCAGCUAAUGGAUCUUGGAACUGGCAAGUUUUCUGCACGUCAUAAUCCACAGCUUUUCUCUAGGCUUGAGUCAGCAAUUGCAGGAUGUAAAAAUUUGAGAAACCUUUCUGGUUUCUGGGAACCUGGACUCACUUAUCUUCCAGCAGUCUACUCAAUUUGUGAAGGUCUUACAUCACUUAACUUGAACUAUGCUACCAUUCAGAAUCCAGAGCUCGUAAAGCUAAUCAGCCGGUGCAAAAAUCUACGACGAUUACUGGUUAUGGAUUUAAUUGAAGACAGUGGUCUUGUUGCUGUGGCAUCAUCAUGCAAGCUCCUUCAAGAAUUGCGGGUGUUCCCUUCUGAUCCGUAUGAUGCAGCAGAGCCGGUCUCUCUUACUGAACAAGGUCUUGUUGCUGUCUCUGCUGGUUGCCCGAUGCUCCACUCUGUUCUCUAUUUUUGUCGGCAGAUGACAAAUGCAGCCCUCCUUACGGUUGCAAAGAAUCGCCCUAAUCUUACAUGCUUUCGUCUUUGCAUCAUUGAGCCUCGUACCCCUGAUUAUGUCACUCAGGAGCCCCUAGAUACUGGCUUCAGUGCAAUUGUAGAAUCCUGCAAGGAUCUCCGCCGACUCUCCGUAUCUGGUCUUCUCACUGACCUCGUGUUUAAAUCCAUUGGGGCCUCAGCAAAUUAUCUUGAGAUGCUUUCAAUAGCUUUUGCCGGUGAUGGAGAUAUGGGUCUACAUUACAUUCUCUCUGGUUGCAAGAACUUGAGGAAGCUGGAGAUCAGGGACUGCCCAUUUGGUGAUAAGCCAUUGCUUCAGAAUGCAUCUAAACUGGAGACAAUGCGAUCCCUUUGGAUGUCAUCAUGCUCUGUGACAUUGGGGGCAUGCAGACAGCUUGCCCGGGCUAUGCCACGGCUAAAUGUGGAGGUCAUCAAUGAGAGUGGGAGAGGACCGCUGGUGGCACAGCCUGAUAAUUGCCCAGUCGAGAAGCUCUACAUCUACCGCACUAUUGCUGGUCCAAGAACUGACACCCCGCAAUGCGUUUGGACUAUUUAAGGUGGCAUCAGUAGGUAUCUAAGUACUGUUGUUUCUACCUUCGGUCGAUCAGCACUCAUUAAGUAUGUGCUACAACUUGAUCAAAUGGAGGACAGGCUGAUUCAAGAUCAAAUGGAGCUCGGUAUGAGAUUAUUAUAGCUUGCAGCAAUCUCCUAAAGAAUUACCAACACUUGCAGCUUUUAUUGUUGUUAAAUUGUGGGAUUGUGACUUGUAACAAGACUUACGUACGUUGUAGGUCUCCAGAGACGAUGCUUUGUUUUUAAGGCUUAAGUUAAUUUUAUAUGACCAUAAUAUAUUACCAUUGGA